AUGGCGUAUCCUGACCCACAUGGUGCCGAGGCAAAAAUGAAAUCCCAACACAUUCGAUCCCGAUGGGUUGCCACAGCCGAACCAGGAGGUCCAGACGUCUUGGACGAUUAUGUCAUUUCAGUUGACCAAUCAAGCGGGAAAAUCACGGCGUUAACUCCUGCCAAUGAAUUUGGGGGAACGCCAGAUCUACAUUUGCCGAACCAUCUUCUCAUACCAGGCCUCAUCAAUGCGCACACCCACACGCCAAUGUCCUUGCUCAGAGGCUACGCAGACGAUCUUCCUCUCAACGAAUGGCUGUUCCAGCACAUUUUUCCAACAGAAGGCAAAUUUGUUUUUGAAGCCCCUCUUGAAGAAGCCGAGGAGUUUGUUCGGCUGGGUUCAGAGCUUGCUUGUUACGAGAUGUUGAAGACUGGGACAACGCUUUUCAACGACAUGUACUUCCAUGGCGACGUUACUGCCAAUGUUGUGCGGAAAGCUGGAAUGAAAGCGGUACUGACUAAGGCUGGUCUGUUGUACUUCGGUGAUGACGCUCGAUUCAGCGAUCUGGUCAGUUCAAACACGAAGUUCUGCUCCGAACUCAUUUCGUCAGGGGACAAGUCCAUAAAGCCUUCGCUGCUGCCUCAUUCGGUAUAUAUGGUGCCUCCAGAGAAGCUACGAGAGGUCAAGGACGAGUACGACAAAGCAUGCGCAGGAGGUCACGUGGUCAUACAUACUCACGUUCACGAAACCAAGAAGGAGAUUGCAGAUGUUCUAGAAAAGGCUGGAAAGUCAGCUCUCCAAGUCUUGGAAGACUUGGGUAUGCUUAAUCAGCGCACCGUGGCUGCGCAUUGUGUCCACAUGACAGACGAGGAGAUCGCCCUUAUGGCCAAGACUGGUGCCAGCGUGGCACACUGCCCCAGAAGCAACUUGAAGCUCGGGUCAGGCAUUGCACGAACGGCAGACAUGUUGAAGAGCGGUGUAAAUGUAUGUCUUGGUACGGAUGGUGCGAGCUCCAACAACACGCUGGACAUGCUGACAGAGAUGCAGUACGCGUCCAUGAUCGCAAAGGGUGUAACCGGUGAUCCCACAGUGUUGCCUGCUCGGGAAGUUUUGGAGAUGGCCACGCUGCGUGGUGCGCGAGCACUUGGGCUGGAAUCGGAGACUGGGUCAAUUAAGGUUGGGAAAGCUGCAGACCUUGUGGCGGUUGACCUUGGACGCUUGGAGGCAUCACCGAUCUACGAUCCUUUGGGCCAACUGGUUUAUACAAACAGCCGCCAGGUAAGCCAUGUUUGGAUCGAUGGCAAGUGCGUUGUGCGCGAAUGUGAAGUCCUCACAAUGCUUUCAAUGGACCUGGCUGCCACGGACAAACUUGUUUCCAAGCUGCGAGACUUCCGAAAGUCCCUGCCGGCACGUGAGUGA